ACAUGACCUGAACGUGUCGAAUUUCGUCAAAUGGUUUGUGCUGCGUUCACGUACAACUCGGAAAGGGCGAUAUCCACUUCCCAAAGUGCAUUGCGGGCCCGCAGCUAGCAGCUAGCCGUGCUCCAUCCUACACUGUCCGCUCGCUCGCUCGCGGAUCUGCUUUCAACAAAUACAUGCCUGACGGGGCGAGGUGGAAGCGUCUAAGUACUUGCGCCCGUUCCGCGUCGAGAUGAUGUGCGACACCACCAACAGAAGCUUUCGAAUGCAGCUGGCGGCCAUCCUGGAGAAGCUCACCAAGACGGCCCUGGUGGAGAUCGGAAACCUAGCGGACGAGUGCUCCUCGGUCCUGCUGGGCGAGAUCUCCCUGCACAAGAGCGAAAACGAGGCCUUGAAGAAAAGGUGCUACUCCCUGGAGGUGCAGCUCAGGGCCGCCCGGGAGGCUCACUACUACCCGGGACACGUCAACAGCGUCGGCCGGAGAAAUCCCGAAGGUCAAGAUGCCCAGAAAGCCGAGCAUCAGCAGCAACAGGCAGCCUCUCUCGCCAUCGAUGGCGUAUUCGGGAAGGAUUGGUGCAUGGAUCUGUGGAGGGAAGACAAAAGAUCGGCCGCUCAAAGGAAAGCGGUAGCAGAGCCCGUCGCCAUGUCCACCAUGGGGACGCAGGUGUUAGAUAUAAUGGACGCGGAACCCGAUCUGAUCUUCGUCAAGGAGGAAGCCUAUGAGGAGCAUCCGCUUGGGCAGAGAAUGAGAAUGACGGAAAACAGGAAAGAUAUAGGGCUGCUGGACGGCGAUCUCCAUAGUUCCGUCAACGAUCUCCAGCUCCAGUCGGGGGAUCUGAGCAGCUUCCCCUUGAUGUCGGACGCCCAAUCCCAUCGCACGCAACCCAACAUCAUGGACAAACUGAUCGAGGACGCCGCUCUGAGCACGCUGCUGGACGCCUCGCCCGUCCCCGCCAACUCCGCCGACUACGCCAACUACACCGUCCAAGGGAGCGUCGGCAAAGAGCCGUCCGCGGUCCCCGCCAAAAGCGUCCGCCCCACCAAACACUUCCAGUGUCUCUUCUGCGGCAAAGUCUUCAACUACCUGAGCAGCCUAAAAGUGCACGUGAGACGACACUCGGGCGAGAAGCCGUUCAGCUGCACUGUGUGCGGCAAACGCUUCGCCCAGAAGACGUACCUCAAGCUGCACCAGCGCGUGCAUUCCGGGGAGAAACCGUACAGCUGCCCCAAUUGCGGGCGCAGCUUCUCUCAGAAAAGCUCGCUCAACAUUCACUUUCGGACGCACACCGGCGAGAAGCCGUACAGCUGCGUCGAUUGCGGGAAAUGUUACGCUUACAAGUACGGCUUGAACCACCACCAGUGUUUCAACCACAUGAAGAGCAUCUAAAUGGAAAAUUCUUCCGGGCUUUUAAGUGCCAACACGUUAGCUGUUGCUAAGGAGUAUUGGGGCAAGAGUUUAAAUACUACAAAAUUUUCAUCUUUCUGCUGUGAAUUGGAAUGAGUUUAUCACUA